CACACACGGACGAAUAUGGGCUAUUUAUUAGACUAAAAGGCCCUGAAGAAAAACAAUGAUGAAUUUGUGGGGUUUUAUUUAAUUAAAAAUAAAAUAAAAUUUCUCAUUUUCUUUAAUUUUUAACCCCACAAAAAAAAAACUCGAAAACCCUCUCCAUUGCUCUCUCUUCCCUCCUCUCGAAGUCUUUUCCCUCCCAUUCUCUCUUCCCGCUUCCGACCUACCUCCGCCUCUCGAGUGUCCGAAGAUGGGAAAAUACAUUAAGAAAUCAAAGAUUACCGGUGACAUCGACUCUAUGGAAGCCACCGAAGCAACAUCUUUGGGUGUUCGCACCAGAGCCGCCGCUAAAACCCUAGCCUUGAAGAGGCUUAAUUCUUCCUCCGCCCCCGACUCUUCUUGCUAUCUUCAGCUCCGUAGCCGCCGUCUCGAGAAACCCCCGUCGCUGGUUGAACCAAAGCAGACCCCGAGGCAGCUUAAAGAGCCUGGUUCGAAGAUUGACUCGGUUAACUCGAGCGUAGCUGGUUCGGGUGAUGAAUGUUUUUGUGGAGAGAACAGUCUUGAGUUUCAGACAAGACAAAGCACAAGGGAGAGCACGCCUUGUAACUUUGUUGAGGAUCUGGAGACCAUUGUUACACCAGGAUCUAGCACAAGGUCGAUGCGUACACCAACGAGAGAUAGCACGGUCCCAACCAUUGGUGAACUGGAGGAGUUCUUUGCCUAUGCAGAGCAUCAACAGCAGAGGCUAUUCAUGGAUAAGUACAACUUCGAUAUUGUGAAUGAUGUGCCUCUCACUGGACGCUACGAGUGGGUACAAGUCAGUCCAUGAAGUUGAAAAGGAAGCAAGCUUUUGUGAUAUGGUGUGAAGUAAGAAUGUAAUGAAUUAGACAGAUUAACCGAACAUCAAAAAUCCUUUAAACAGGAGUGUAAUCUUAAAAAGUAAUAAUGUGGUUAGCGAACAAGUUGGAAAGUAGUUUUAGGGACAUGAACCUCAUACCAUUUGUACUAAUCUCUUUUGAGGAUUUAGAUGGUUAGUGAAUUUGUUUGCUCAUCUUUUUUUUUCUGUUUUGUCUUUUUUUCUCAUGUUUUUAUUCAAAGCUAUGCGUAUAUGUUGAUGAUGAUUGAUGGGGAUGUGUGUAAGCAUGUAGUGUGAGAAAAUGAUUCAGAUGUAGACUUUUAAUGGCACAAGAAACCUAUAGGAGGGUUCACGUGUGGACUUGCUAGCUGAGUCCUUACUCUGAAAUCUAAAAUAUAUACUCUUCAUUCAGCUAAACACAGAUUGGUCCCUCCACUCUUUUUCUCAUGACAUGAUCCUGACGCAUGAUCUACAGCACAUGAAUGUGUUUCUGUGUGAAUGAAUAGUUUAAGGUAUAUAUAAAUAAUUUGUGUUAAAUAUUAUUUUAAUUAUAAGUUAAUAUCAUACUGUAGCUUUGAAUUAUGAAAAGCCAAAGAAACAGGCAAAACAUGAGACAACAAAAUAUAUUACAGUGUUCAUUGAGAAGAUUUCUGUUGUUUUAACUUUUGAACGUCUCUCGAAAAUUGGGCAGCACCAUGUGAUGAAACUGUUAAAUCUUAUCUCGAAACCAAUCAUUGUUCUUUGUUUACUUUAAUCACUUGAAGUGAAAAGAAGUGAAUGGGUUGAAAGUGAACAUACAUACCUGCAUAAAUACAUGCACGUAAAGGUUAUGUAUACACACGCACCAACACGGGGUGUGGUAUGAUCACGGGCUCGCUGACUAUUACGAAUCACGUUUUGGGAUACUUAGAUUCGCGUAUGUCAUCUCUUUAACCAAUGCACACUUGGGAGUAUCUGUAUUCAGCUUGUUCAAUGUUUUGUUUGAACCUUUAGUACUAUUUGGUACAAGAUAAAUGCCAAAAGAAGGACCACUGACUACGAAAGGCUUUUGACUUUUUGUUCCUUCUUUUCAAACUCUCGUUCCCUCUCUUGCUUUCAUCCUUCUGAAUAAAACAUAUAGUCCAUAGCACAUAUGCAUGUCAAUGUGAGCCAAGGACCGUAUAGUUCGUUCAAGUAGCAUUUUCCAACUUU